AUGUCAAACUCCAAAGCCUGUCAUAGACGCUUCAAUGCCAAAUGUAAUGUACAUAGUAUGAACAACAUUCGAGCUCCUGAGACUUUUUUGAUCAGUGUUUGUUACCGGAUCUGUUUUAGCGCUGUCCGAGCGUGCUGCGGCUCGAAACCCAGAGAUAGACUGACCGCAGUGGAGGCUGAUUUCCUCUUAGAAGGCUGUAUUUUACACAGACCUCUGAGCUGUGCCUUUUUCUAUGCAAUAGAUCACAAAGAGAGAAACAGUCAGCUGAUCACUGUAUUGGGAUACAAAUGUGGACUGUAG